GGGGCGGGAAGCGCCCGGGGGCAGUGGAGCCCAUGUCGGCCUUGAGGCGCUCGGGCUACGGCCCCAGUGACGGUCCGUCUUAUGGGCGCUACUACGGGCCUGGGGGUGGAGAUGUGCCCGUGCACCCACCUCCGCCCAUAUAUCCUCCCCGCCCCGAACCCCCACAGCCUCCCAUUUCCUGGCGAGUGCGCGGGGGCGGCCCGGCUGAGACCACCUGGCCGGGAGAAGGCGGAGGAGGCGAUGGCUACUAUCCCUCUGGAGGCGCCUGGUCGGAGCCGGGUCGGGCUGGAGGAGGCCACCAGGAGCAGCCACCAUAUCCUAGCUACAAUUCCAACUAUUGGAAUUCUCCUGCCCGACCUCGGGCUCCUUACCCAAGUACAUAUCCUGUAAGACCGGAAAUGCAAGGCCAGAGUUUGAAUUCUUAUACAAAUGGAGCAUAUGGCCCACCAUACCCCACUGGCCCUGGGACAAAUACUGCCUCAUACCCGGGGGCUUAUUACACAUCCGGGUAUGCUCCGACCAAUUACUCCACAGAGGUUCCAAGCACUUACCGUUCACCUGGCAACAGCCCAACCCCAGUCUCUCGUUGGAUGUAUCCCCAGCAGGACUGCCAGACUGAAGCAGCCCCUCUUAGGGGGCAGGUUCCAGGAUAUCCUGCUUCACAGAACCCUGGAGUGAGCAUGCCCCACUAUCCUUAUGGGGAUGGUAAUCGUAGUGUUCCACAACCAGGACCAACUGUACGAUCCCAGGAGGACUCCUGGGCUCCUCCGGGGGCUUAUGGCAUGGGAGCCCGUUACCCCUGGCCUUCAGCUGCCCCCUCAGCACCACCCGGGAGUCUCUACGUGAGCGAGAGCGCUUCAUCAUGGCCGAGCAGUGGCUCUCCUCGGCCACCUCCUUCCCCCCCAGCCCCACAGCCCAAGGAUUCCUCAUACCCCUAUAGCCAAUCAGAUCAAGGCAUGAACCGGCACAACUUUCCUUGCAGUGUCCAUCAGUACGAGUCCUCGGGAACAGUGACCAAUGAUCAUUCAGAGCUCUUGGAUUCCCCAGUCCAGUAUAGUGCUGAGCCUCAGCUGUAUGCUAAUGCCACCAACGAACAUCCCAGCAAUCAAGAUCAGAGUAAUAAUCUUCCUGAAGAGUGUUUAUCUUCAGAUGAAGGGACUCCCCCAAGUAUUAAAAAAAUCCUACAUGUGCUGGAGAAGGUCCAGUAUCUUGAGCAAGAAGUACAAGAGUUCGUAGGAAAAAAGACAGACAAAGCCUACUGGCUUUUGGAAGAACUGCUAACCAAGGAACUUUUGGAACUGGAUUCAGUUGAAACUGGGGGCCAGGACUCUGUCCGGCAGGCCAGGAAAGAGGCCGUUUGUAAAAUCCAGGCCAUACUGGAAAAAUUGGAAAAAAAAGGAUUAUGAAAGGAUUUAGAACAAAGGGGAAGCCUGUUACUAACUUGACCAAAGAACUCUUGAUUUUGGUUAAUUACCCUCUUUUUGAAAUGCCUGUUGAGGAAAAGAAGCAAUACAUUCCAACUUUCCUUUGAUAUAAAACUUGAAAAACUGGUAAAGGACUUGGAAGAACAGUUGGAUUAUGAGUUGUUUUCAGUUUUCAGACCAAUGAAUGUAAUAGGAAGCUGUGGAGUUAUCAGUAUUGCCAAGUAGACUCACCCCUUAAAAAAUUUUUGGGUAUCUGCAAGCUGCUUCUUAUCAGCAGGAGGGAAAUCCACCGUAUGUAACAGGCUUAUCAGAAACCUACCGGAUAAGACUGGAUGUUGUCUGAGACAAACAGGCUCUGUUUUUUUAAACAUCUGGAUUACUUGUCACAUUUUUGUACAUUGUGACUGCUUUCACCGUACACUUUGUGUGUAAAUUAUAGCUUGGACUUUAGCCUUCUUGGACCUCUGUUUUGUUUUGUUACUUGUAGUUCACAAAUAUAGUGUUAUUCUCUACUUCUUGGUACAUUUUGUAGUAAUAUGUUUAAUAUAAUUACUCAAGAGACUAUACUGACAGCCAGAUAGUAUGGCAGGUCUGGAUGAAUUUAUAUCUUUUCACCACUUGAAUAUAUUGCACUGUGUAGUAAGUUCCUGAGGUAGAUUGUCUCCUUUUUUGUAUAGAUCAUUAGGUUAGAGUUUUACCACUUCUAUUUUUCAUGUUACUAUUGGAAGGUUAAUUUGGAAAUGGCAUGGGUAUAGGAAUGAAAAUGGGGCUAUUUCCUUUUUUGCUGUCUUAAUCGUAUUUGGAUGAAGAUCCACUUUAAAAUUUCCUUUCUUCCCCCUUAAUUAUCUUUUUAGUACAGCUGCUUCCAUAUGGAGCAGUGUGAUGAACACAGAUUAAAAAUUAAAUGCCACAGCACGUAGAAAUAAUAACUGCAAAAGUAAUAAAUACAACCAUUUGAGAAUGCUAUUCUCCAUCUAAAAUAUUAGCUUCACCAUCAGGAUCCCUAUGAGGGGAUUUCAGCUCAGUGUAUCUGCUCAGUUUACAGCAAGAAAUGACGAGGGUAAAAGAGGAUUCAUGCUCAGGGAAUGAAUCAGCCAUAGGUAGAGUGGGAAAUUGUGUUCUUUUAAAGGUAGAUUUGAUGUUUAUCUUUGUUUCCCUAGAAUAAAUUGCAUAGACAGUAUUGCCUGUUUUAUAAAAAAGAUGUUUACCAUCACUAAUAACAGUCAUUUUAGAGCCAGAUUUAAGGAAGGGAUAUUGAAAGGGUCUUAGCUGGAUUUGCUUAGGUAGCUCUAUGCUAUCAUGUAGAAGAGACUUAGGUAGAUAACUUACUUUUUUCAUCUGAAGUGAGUUCCAGUAUGCAGUAUCUGUUAUUGGAAAAACUGCUAUUUCUUAAUAAGAUACCCAAGUGAUUUUUUUUCUUGACUGCCAGGCCUAUUAACAAGAAAAUAAAUCCACCAGCCAUCUCCUCUCCCUAUAAAAAAAAACAAUACAAACAUAUUAUAUGACGAGAAGAAGUAAAGUAAAAAUAUUGGCCGGGUCUUAGGUUGGUAUGAGUGAUUUUAUGAGAUAAUAUGGUGACAAUUUUAUUCUAGGAUUUUUAUUUUUGGCCUAAUAUAGGAAUGUUACAAAAGGCUUUUCUAUGAAAAUUUAAAAGUUAUACUUGAAACUAAAUAUUUAGAAGGGGGAGAACCUUAAAGCUAAGUUAACAUAAACCAGUGAGACAAUGACUAAUACAGGAGAGAACACUAUUUUUUUUUUUUUGCUGUACGCGGGCCUCCCACUGCCGUGGCCUCUCCCAUUGCGGAGCACAGGCUCCAGACGCGCAGGCUCAGCGGCCAUGGCUCACGGGCCCAGCCGCUCCGCGGCAUGUGGGAUCCUCCUGGACCGGGGCACGAACCCGUGUCCCUUGCAUCGGCAGGCGGACUCUCAACCACUGCGCCACCAGGGGAGCCCCGAGAACACUAUUUUUUAACUGAGUGCCCAAGAUACCAAUUUCCCUGAAGUCUUGAUUUUUUUAUCUAUAAAUCACACAUUAUACACACACACAUUAUAUGUGUGUGUGUAUGUUUUUUAACAGUUUUUUAUUUUGGUUUUGAGAUAAUUUUAGACCUCCUGAAGAGUUGCAAAAACAGCGGUAUACUCUUCGCUCACCUUCCCUUUAUAUUAACAUCUUACAUAGCUGUAGAACAUUUGUCAAGUUAAGAAAUUAGCCUUGAUAUAAUGCUAUUAACUAAAGUAGAGAGUUUUGAAAGUAGAGAUUUUCUAGUCUUUUCACUAAUGUCCUUUCACUGUUUCAGGAUCCAAUCCAGGAUCCUGCCUCGCAUUUAGUUGUCAUGUCAUCAUAGCGUCCUCCGAUCUGUGACAGUGUAUCUUGACACCUGAUGCUGUAAUGUAUUUCUGGUGUUAUUAAACUUAGCCACUACCUGAGGUGGCGUCUGCUAGGAUUCUCUGCUGUAAACUUACUAUGUUUUCCUUUGUAAUGACUGAAUGUUUGCUAGAGAUAAUGUGAGCUAUGCAAAUGUCCUGUUUCUGCUUAAACUUUUGCCCACUCAUUUUUGUAUCCACUGGCAGAUCUUGCUUGUUACUACUGUGGUGUUCAAAUGUGACUUUGUUUCUCUUAUUCCUUCUACAUGUAUUAAUUGGAUUCUUUCUGUAAGGGAGGGCUAUUGCUUCUGGAUUUAUAAUUUUAAUUAUAAUAAGAUAUUCAGGAUAAGUACAGACUUAGAACUUAAAGGUGUAAACCAUGUUAAAAUGAUUCCAAAUGCCAAUGUCAGGGAAAGGAAAACUAAAUUGCAAGCUGUGCCAGAAAAUAUAGUGAAUAUAAGAAGGAAAAUAGUAUUCAUUUUUUUGUGGAUCUGAUUCAGUUCUUGACUUAGUAUUGACUCUAGACUGAAUUCAAAUUUUUUUUGGUAUUUCACAUCUGGACUUCUAAAAAGUGUCUAAGUUUAAUAUUACUUUGGGGAUAAUUUCUGUCAAAAUCUUGAAUAAAGUUAUCCAGAUCUGGCAUGUUAAACACAGCUAUGUUCUCUAUAAUAAGCCACUAUUGUUCUAAAUAUAAACGCCAAUGUAAAUAUUGAAUUUAAGUCCCAAUGAAGUAUUAGCAGGAUGGGCUGGUCUCUACAUUGUUGGUGGGGAAUUCUUUUAAGUGCUUUGAAAAAUGGGGUUUUGAAAACAGUUCUCUAGGUGGUUAGUGUAAUACCAUUAGAGGUGGGAAGAUUUUUUUUUAAGUUGAAGAAUAUGGAUUAAAUUGGCGUUAAAAAAAGUUUUUUGGGGGAUGGAUACUCGAGGACUGGAGUUUUUCAUCUUUUUUUCUUUUUAAAAAAGUUAUGAGUUUGAAGACUCAAAUAAUUCUAUGGAAGUUAGCAAUUUAAAGAGUCAAUUCUGGGACUUCCCUGGCGGUCCAGUGGUUAAGACUUCACCUUCCAAUGCAGGGGGUGUGGGUUUGAUCCAGGAUCUGGGAGCUAAGAUCCCACGUGCCUCGCGGCCAAAAAACCAAAACAUAAAACAGAAGCAAUAUUGUAACAAAUUCAGUAAAGACUUUAUAAAAAUGGUCCACAUCAAAAAAAAAAAUCUUAAAAAAAGUAAAUUCUAUGAAAAGGAGCACUCUUCUAUUCCACUCCCAUUUUUCCUUCCACAAAAGUAACUACUUUCAAUUGAGUUUUUAAAAAAAAUUAUCUCCAUAUUUUUUAAAUAACACACUUGUAUUGCUCCCUUUUGAUUUAUCAAUUUUAGGUCAUUUCUACUGAUUUUCUGUUGUAGAGGAUGAAGGUUAGGUCUCUCUGCCUCUACCAUACACACAUCUCAGCUCUCAUCCCUCCAAUUUCUCAGUCCACUUACAUGGUCAUUCUGUUGUACGUUAUUAUACUAUGUAAAUGCUGCCCAGAGCUCAGUCAUGCAGUAAACUGCUUACUUUUCUUUUCCUGAACAACUCCUUGUUUUCUCUGGAAUGAAUCAUUUGUCAUACUUAUUUUGUUUGCCUAUGUGCUUAUGACUGAUUUGACCUGAAACCCUCCAUCAUUUGUCUAAAUCUUCUUCUUUUUUUUUUUAAUUUAUUUUUUUGCGGUACACGGGCCUCUCACUGUUGUGGCCUCUCCCGUUGCGGAGCACAGGCUCCAGACGUGCAGGCUCAGCGGCCAUGGCUCACGGGCCCAGCCGCUCCGCGGCAUGUGGGAUCUUCCCGGACCGGGGCACGAACCCGUGUCCCCUGCAUCGGCAGGCGGACUCUCAACCACUGCACCACCAGGGAAGCCCUAAAUCUUCUCUUAAGAUGCUCAGACUUUUUUUUCUUUUUUUUUUUUCCGGUACGCGGGCCUCUCACCGCUGUGGCCUCUCCCGUUGCAGAGCAGAGGCUCCGGACGUGCAGGCCCAGUGGCCAUGGCUCACGGGCCCAGCCGCUCCGAGGCAUGUGGGAUCCUCCCGGACCGGGGCAUGAACCCGUGUCCCCUGCAUCUGCAGGCGGACCCUCAACCACUGCGCCACCAGGGAAGCCCGCUCAGACAUAUUUUAUCAAUUUUAGGCUCCUGAAGAAGCGUUCCUGGAGCCCUGUGACUGCAGCACUGGUAUGCCCCUGGUGCAUACUUUCAUUCUGGUGUCUUCUGUUCAUCCUGGGGAUUCUCUCUACCCCUUCUGUUGGAUUCCUUUUUUCCAUAGCCUGUGUCUUUCUCUUUCUCAGUUUAUUCCCUCAUUUUGGUAGAGCAUGUUCCCCAGUAGCUUCCUGGAAAAGGGUGCAUAGGAAGUAAUUUUUUUCCAUCUUGCGUAUUUGAAAAUGUGUUUUCAUGAUCCUUUGUUUAAAACUUAGUUUUUCUUCCUGGAAGCUUGUAGGAUAUUUUUGUCCCCUCUACAGUACAGUGUUGGUGUGUGUCUGUUUUUGUCCAUUUUGCUGGGCACAUUUCAUUCUGGAAACUCCUGCCCUUAAGUCCUAUAACAUUUUCUUGGGUUUUGUUUGUUUAUUUUCCUCCUCUGCUACCCUAAUCUCUAUUACAUCAUUCUAGAAUUUCUGCUGUUUCUGUUAUAGAUCUCUUAGACUGAUUCUUUGAUUUACUUAUCUUUUCACUUUCAUUUUUUGCCUUUUUGCUGUACUUUGUAGGGGAUUUACUCACCUUUAUCUUCCAACUCCACUGAAUUUUGUUUCAUCUGUCAUAGUUUUAGUUUCUAGGAAUAUUUUUGUGCUCUGUGUUCUCUGUGGGAUUCUGCUCUUGUUUGUGGGUGUAGCAUCUUAUAUCUCUGAAGAUAUUAAUGAUAAUUUCUUGAUUUCUUUUCUUCUCAAAUAAAUUUCCUACAAAGUUGCAUUUUCCUUUCUUUUUCAAUCUCCAUCUUUUUCAUGUUAGAGAUAUUUUUUAGAUGUCUAUUACUUCUUGGUUGUGUUUUUUACAGCGUUGUUAUACUGGAGACCCCAAAUUGCUUCUAGAAAAUGCUUCCUGACUAUUCUGUUUAAUUAUUAUUGUUUCAUAAUCUUUCUUGGAGGGAAUAGCUAUUUUGAGUUGAAGUUGAGAAGGGAGGAUUAUCUGGAUAAUUUUUACUCCUCUGUGAAGAUGGGAGGGUUUUAUACUCUAUGUGUCUUUUCUCAUCAGGAGUGGUGGGCAGUAACACAUUUGUUGUAAUAAAAUGUGAGGCAGAGGAGAUGCCAGCUGCUGAGAAGGGAGAAUUUAGGGGUUUCUGAGAUCAGGGCACAUUUUCUCUAGCCAACUUUUAAAUGUUCUUUUAUUUUGCAAUAUAUAGCUUAUCCUGGUAAGCUAAUGCCAAGGGUAGUAUUGCCCGAUGAAAUAUAGGACUCUCAGUUACAUUUGAAUUUCAGAUAAACAACAAGUCACCUUUUAGUAUCAGUGUGUUCCACAUAUGGCAUGGGACAUAAUACUAAAAAUGAUUGUUUUUCUGAAAUCCAAAAUAACUAGGAGUACAGUCAUCCCUCAGUAUCCAUGGGAUUGGUUCCAGGACCCUGCCGUGGAUACCAAAAUCCAUGGAUGCUCAAGUCCCUUAUAUAAAAUGUUGUAGUAUUGCAUAAAACCUAUGCAUAUCCUCCCAUAUACUUUAAAUCAUCUCUAGACUAGUUAUAAUACCUAAUACAAUGUAAAUGCUGUGUAAAUAGUUGUAAUUACAAUGUAGAUACUAUGUAAAUAGUUGCCGGGUAUGCAGCAAAUUCAAGUUUUUGGAACUUUCCUGAAUUUUUUUUCUUUCCAAAUACUGUCAGUCCAUAGUUGGUUGAGUCCGUGAAUGUGGAACCCAUCGAUAGGAGUACCAACUGUAUUGUAUUUUUUAUUUUAUUUAUUUAAUUUUUGGCCAUGCUGCGUGGCUUGUGGGAUUUUAGUUCCCUGACAAGGGAUUGAACCCAGCCCUCAGCAGUGAGAGUGCGGAGUCCUAACCACUGGACUGCCAGGGAAUUCCCUAUAUUGUAUUUUUUUCAUUAAAGUUUUUAUUUUGAGAUAAUUGUAAAUUCACAUGCAGUUUUACAAAAUAAUUCAGAGCUUUCCUGUACCCUUUACCCAGUUUCCCUCAAUGGUAACAUCUUGCAAAACUUUACUGUGAUGUCACUGCCAGGAUAUUGACAUUGAUAUAUGGUCAAGAUACAGAACAGUCCCAUCACCACGACUAUUCCUCCUGUUGACCUUUCACAGCCACACCUGCGUCUCCUUUCCCACCAUGCUAAACCCCUGGUAACCACUAAUCUGUUCUCCAUUUCUAAAUUUUGUCCUUUUGAGAAUGCUGUAUAAAUGGUAUUGUAUAGUAUGUAACCAUUAGAGAUUGUUUUUCUUUUUCUUCCACUCAGCAUAACUCUCUUGACAUUCAUCCAAGUUGUUUCCUGUAUCUGUAGUUCUUUUUUAUUGCUAAGUAGUAGUCUGUGAUAUGGAUGUACCACAGUUUGUUCAACCAUUCACCUCCUGAAGGACAUAUGGGUUGUUUCCGGUUUGGGCUAUUGUGA